GUGGUUUUGGUUCCUUCCAAACACCAUGCCAUAAUAAUCGAUUUCUGACCGCGCCGAGCAUCAUAUGACUUCUUUCCUUUUUUUUGGUGAACAAGCAUCAUGCAACUUUUUGGGACAUCAUGAAGGCGGUAUAAGCCCUUCCCGCCAGGCGCAACGGCUUCGAGAUUCAGGCGGACAAUGGCAGAGAACACCCACCGAGAAAUUGAAAUCCGAACCCUUUCUGCUGAAUCCAUCGUCCUUCGCUUCCCUUCCAGCAGCACUGUUCAAGAACUCAAGCUUCUACUCAACCAAACCUUCCCUCCUGCCGCUCACUCCCCCAAUUUUCACCUUUUCUUUAAGGGUGACAAAUUGAGAUUGCACAGUCAGAUUGAUUGUUACCCCAUCGAGACCGGUGACUUCCUUGUUUUAGUUCCGUUUACCAAGAAAUCAAACCAAUGUGAUGCUUUUGCAGCUCCCCCCAAUGUAGCUGAUACAGCUUCAAUUUCAAAUCUUGCUGAUUCUACCUGGUCCAAUAUAAUGGAGGAUAUAUCAUAUUUACGUGAGACCCGGAGCGAUGCAGAAAAUGACGACGAUGCAUCUCAUUUGAAGUUCGACAUGUUUACUGAUGAACAUAGAAAAACGACGGCGGAGACCCCUAGUCCUAAUUGUCCCGAGUCUAAAUCCAAGUGGGAUUUUGGCUCUGAUAAGCAGAUAGAGCUUCCUUAUCACCUAAUAUUGAGUAAACUGCAGUAUACUAGUGAGACUGAGGAUGCUCUUGGAGAACACAAUUGUGAAAUCCUUGCUAAGGUUUUGGCUUCAAUAACUUGUUUAUCAGAUCUGCCUCUUGGGCACUGCAAGUUAUUUAAGAGAGCCCGUCAGAAAGGAGCGGACUUGGGGUCUUAUGUGAAUAAUGGUAGUUCAUGCUUGUGUCCCCAGUGGUUGAAGAAAGUGAUGAAGGCUUUUACUUUCAUAAAUAUUUUUUCGUCGUGGCUUCAUUGGCAGGGUAAGAAAACAGCUUCAAAUCUAUUGGAAAAAGCCAUGAAUCAGCUUGGAAAAUUUGGAGUUAAACUAGAUAUUCAGGACAUGAAACAUCUUUCCCUUCUUUGUCCGGAGCUAAUAUGUUUUUCCGAUGAUAUAAAGAACGCAAGUUAUGAUGAUGUGAUGAUCAUCAUUAAUCAUUCAGCAAGAGAUGAAACUAAAAAAAAGGACACAUCCGAAAGAGGUCGCAAGUGGUUGCAUGUUUCAAAGAUUGUUAGUGCAUUGAAGAGAAGGGAUGGUUCCUUUCGAAACAAUCUGUGGAUGGCAUUUUCCAGGCUGCUGAGUGCUUGUGGAGAUGAGAUGGCUUUGAAAAUUUCCUUGGAAGAUUUGGUUGCAUCCAUCAAGGACCAAGGUUCUACUCAAAAUCAAAGAAUAGCAAAACCCAUGAAGAGAAGCUUGAAUAAUUCAAAAUCUGAUUCUGAUCGUGUUAAGUGUCAUGAAACGUCAUCUUUGCUGCCCAUGGAAAUGGUUGAACAUCUUCAAAAAGGAAUUGGCUCUGAAGGACAGAUUGUGCACAUUGAAGACAUUUCCGCCAGAAAAGCAAUUUAUGCAGAGCUUGAAUUAUCAGAAAACAUGAAAUCUGUACUACACCAUAUGGGAAUUUCCAAAUUGUAUAGUCAUCAGGCGGAGUCUAUUGAAGCAUCCUUUUCUGGAAAGAAUGUUGUUGUUUCAACUAUGACAUCCAGUGGCAAAUCACUAUGUUAUAACUUGCCAGUCUUGGAAUGGCUGUCAAGGAAUCAAUCAUCAUGUGCUCUUUACAUAUUCCCAACAAAGGCAUUGGCUCAAGAUCAAUUAAGAGCUUUGGCAUAUAUGACAAAAGUAUUGGAUGCUGACUUCAAUAUUGGUAUAUAUGAUGGAGAUACUUCUCAGAAUGAGAGAACAUGGUUACUUGAUACUUCUAGGCUGUUGAUCACAAAUCCGGAUAUGUUGCACAUUUCCAUCUUGCCUCAUCAUCAGCGAUUUUGUCGGAUUUUAUCAAAUCUCAGGUUUGUAGUAAUUGACGAGACUCAUACUUACAAGGGAGCAUUUGGGUGUCAUACUGCUUUCAUAUUAAGGAGGCUGAAGCGGCUCUGUACACAUGUAUACGGAACUGUUCCAUCUUUUGUUUUUUCCACUGCAACUUCUGCAAAUCCUCGUGAGCAUUCUAUGGAACUUGCAAAUUUACCAACACUGGAGCUCGUUCAGAAUGAUGGCAGUCCAUCUGCAAGGAAGCUAUUUAUCCUUUGGAAUCCCAUAUUGCGCCCAAAACCUUUCUUGAAAAGAGCUAAGUUUGCUACAGCUGCUGGUGAAAGUGUUAACUUUGUUCGUUCAAGUUCAAUUGUGGAUGUGUCACGGCUCUUUGCGGAAAUGGUUCAGCAUGGUCUUCGUUGCAUAACGUUUUGCAAAUCACGGAAACUUUGUGAACUUGUUCUAUCCUAUACACAGGAGAUCCUUCACGAGACUGCCCCACACCUGGUAGAUCUGAUAUGCGCGUAUCGUGGUGGCUACCUUGCAGAGGAAAGGAGAAAAAUAGAGAGUGAAUUUUUUGGUGGUAAACUUUGCGGUGUUGUUGCAACCAAUGCUCUUGAGUUGGGCAUUGAUGUUGGAGAAAUUGAUGUGACCCUGCAUUUAGGAUUUCCCGGUAGUGUUUCCAGCUUGUGGCAACAGGCUGGCCGAGGUGGAAGGAGAGAUAAACCAUCUCUUGCUGUGUAUGUUGCAUUUGGAAGUCCUCUUGAUCAAUACUUUAUGAGGCAUCCAGAAAAACUGUUUGGUAGACCAAUUGAAUGCUGCCAUGUUGAUGCCCAAAACAAGCAGGUUCUGGAACAGCAUUUGGUCUGUGCAGCUCAUGAACAUCCUUUGAAUAUGUUGUAUGAUGAGCAGUAUUUUGGUUCUUGCUUAGGGAGUGCUUUAAUUUCUUUAAAGGCUAGAGGAUACUUGAGUUACGAGCAAUCAUCAGAUUCUUCUACUAGAAUAUGGACUUAUAUUGGUCCUGAGAAAUUGCCUUCACAUGCUGUCAACAUCCGAGCAAUAGAGACUAUAAGAUAUGAGGUCAUAGAUCAGCAGAGAAAACAAGUCCUUGAAGAGAUAGAGGAGAGCAAGGCCUUCUUUCAGGUUUAUGAAGGAGCUGUGUACCUGUGCCAAGGUAAAACCUAUUUGGUCGAGAAAUUGGACUUAUCCAACAAGGUUGCUUCCUGCAAAGAGGCUGAUUUGAAGUACUACACGAAGACUCGAGAUUUCACUGACAUUCAUGUCAUUGGGGGCAAUAUAGCUUAUCCAACAAAGGUAUCCACUGAUAUGCUUCCAAACACAAAUGCUCGUGCUGAUUUGUGCAAAGUAACAACUACUUGGUUUGGUUUUUAUCGUAUUUGGAGAGGAAGCAAUCAAAUAUUUGAUACUGUUGACCUAUCACUUCCUCAAUAUUCAUAUGAGUCACAGGCGGUUUGGAUUCCAGUGUCGCAAUCAAUAAAAGAAGCAGUAGUCAAGCAAACCUAUGAUUUUCGUGGAGGUCUGCAUGCUGCAUCACAUGCUGUUUUAAAUGUAGUGCCUCUAUAUAUUACAUGCAACUUGUCUGAUUUGGCUCCUGAGUGUCCAAAUCCUCAUGAUCGCCGUUAUCAACCGGAGAGAAUUCUAAUAUAUGAUCAACAUCCUGGAGGAUCUGGUUUAUCUUUACAGGUCCAACGGAUUUUCCCAAAGUUGUUGGCUGCUGCGCUAGAGCUUCUUACAUCUUGCCAUUGUUCAGCGGAAGUGGGUUGUCCUGACUGCGUUCAGAGCUUUGCUUGCCAAGAGUACAAUGAAGUUAUACACAAGGAUGCAGCCGUUAUGAUCAUCAAGGGUGUUCUGGAUGCAGAGCAGUAUUUCGGGGACUUGGCCGAGUGCUCUGAAGUCUGUUGAAAGAAGUCUCAUUUUGAUGAGUCAGGUUGGCUUGUGGUGAUAUUAAUCGGGUUCGCGAGCUUAUCCCCGUAAAUAUAUGCAAUUUAUUAUUUGUGUAGUAAUGUAAACAGUGUUUCAUUUCCUACUUCACCAAACUUAGUAUGAUCCCUGGCAACCUUGAGCAUUCGUAUCGUGGAGAUAGGUUGGAGACAGUGAGAUUGAAAUGAAAACCCAAUAUAUAUCCGCCUUUUCUCCUAAUCAUAAAAUGGAGAGAGAUAAAUCAUAAACAAAUAACAACUAGAAAUGUGUCUAGCUAAACUGGCCUCUCAAAAGGUUGCUAAUUUUUUUUUUUUUUGG